GAUACACUACAAAACAAUUCGUCAGCAUAACUGCUUUCAAGUCAUUAUGAUGUCAUAAGCUUCCAUUCCAGAAUCACACAGUAAGGUUUGACAGCGUUCAACAUUUAAGCUAACUGAUCCAAGAGACAAACACAAAGCAUCGAAACUCAAGAUGAACAAUAGAGAGCAGCCUUCAAAUAUGUCAAGCUCGAUCUAUAAUGAGCUCCGUAUUGAGAGAACAUUGUGUGAUGCAAUUCUCAAAGUGGGUGAUGUCGAAUUUCCAGUCCACAAGAUCGUCCUCUGUAACUGUAGUCUGUAUUUCUGGGUUGACUUCACACACUUGAACCCCCCAGACCAGAAGGUCUUCAACAUACGUGGCCUGUCUCCUGACAUGAUGGAGCUCAUCAUUGACUUUGCGUACACUGGCUCAGUUUCCGUGACGGAGGACAACGUACGAGAACUUCUGCUAGCAGCCAAUCGAUUCAAUGUAAUGGACCUCGUAAAAAUCUGCUGUGACUUCCUUGGGGAGCAGCUCUGCCCAGUGAACUGCGUUGGCAUCUGGCAGUUGACAACCAUAUCCUUUUUACCCAAACUGCGUGCCAAGGCCUACCAAUACAUCCUCAACCACUUUGAGCAGGUUGUUGCAGAGGAGGAGUUCCUAAACCUCACUGUGGAGGAACUUACCGAUAUCCUUGAUACUGAUCACCUCGAUGUCCAGGAGGACACUGUGUAUGAAGCUGUGAUUAAGUGGAUCGCCCAUGCACCUGCAGAACGGGAGCAACACAUUUCCACUCUGUUGCCUAAGGUUCGUCUGAGACUGAUGACUGUAAAGUACCUAAGGCAAAAUGUGCUGUCUAAUGAGCUGGUGAGCAGCAAUUCUGAAUGCCGAUCCAUGGUUGAUGAGGCCACUGGAGCCAUACCUAUUAGAUCCAGCAGACCCGGUGAGUCUGGCUUCUAUCACCCACUUGCUCGUCCUCGCCUGCCUUAUUCUAUCCUGCUCGCCAUCGGGGGCUCGAGUAACGAUCGAACUCAUGUCAUUGAGGCCUAUGAUUACCGGGCUGACUCCUGGCUCAGCGUAAGGAAUGACCGCCAGUAUCAUCGUGCCUUCCAUGGAGCUGCCUUCCUCAAUGGGUAUGUCUACCAAAUUGGUGGCUGCUGCAAUGAGUUCUCCAAAGAGUAUUACUGCACGGCGCGUAGAUUUGACCUGACCACUCGCACCUGGGAUGAGCUGGGAGCAAUGCACGAGGUCCGCUACUAUGUAAGUGUGACUGUGCUGAAUGGGUGCAUCUAUGCCAUGGGGGGCCAUGAUGGAAAACGACACCUCAACACUGCAGAGCGCUAUCAACCCGAAACCAACCAGUGGACUCUUAUUGCACCAAUGCAUGAACAGAGGCGCGAAGCCAGCUGCACAACACUUAACAACCGGAUUUACAUUUGCGGCGGGUGGAAUAGACACGGGCCCCUGGCCACGGCUGAAUUUUACAACGCUGAGACCAACCAGUGGACGAUGAUCCAGUCAAUGAACAGCCCCCGCAGUGGAUUAGGAGUGAUUGCAUAUGCCGGUCAAGUCUUUGCUGUCGGUGGCUCUGAUGGAACCAAUGAUCUUCGCAUCGCUGAGGUUUACAACACAGACACCGACAUGUGGAACGAUGUGAAACCUAUGUUGACCCCCCGCAGCAACUUUGGCAUUGAAGUAAUCAACAACCGCAUCUUUGUUGCCGGGGGCGAGCGGAGUUUAUCCAACACUUCAUGUGUUGAGUACUAUGAUGUUUUAACCGGAGUGUGGUCCGCAGCCUGUCCAUUGAGGAUUCCCCGCCGUGGAUUGAGUUGUUGUGUGGUAUCCGGGCUUCCCAAUUUGGCCGAUUACACCGUGCCACGUAAUGUCCUGGCAGACGAGCAGGACGAGUCAGCAGCACAGUGUUAAAGUCUGUACUGCUAUGUAUUACCAUCUGAGACUUGAUAGUCUCAGAUGAAGGACUGAAAUAAAUCUUGAAAUAAAACUGUGGGUGAACUGGACAUUUUUUUUUCUAGAUAUUUCUAAAACUUUUAGUCUGUGUGAGUUUCAUGUUCUGUGAGGAGAGUAUGCCCAACACAUACAUUUCAUCCAGAGAAGGCAAUUGCAAAUACAACACACAAAUGCAACAUGCACACAAUAGGAUGACAAGAUCACAACAAACUAAAUGUGGGACAAAGAACAGUGUUUGUGUGGGACAAAGUGGAAUUUAUUAGCAACCUUUCUGCAGACAACAGCAACUCUUUUGCUAAGUAAACACAAUCAGAAUAAAAGAAAGCUGAAG